AUGAAGUUUUCAAUCUUGGCUGCGAUAUCUGUUGUCGAAUUCGCCCUGGCGCAGAAUCUCACCCAGCUUCCGUUCUGCGCAAUUUCCUGCGCAUUUCGAGCAAUCGCUUCAGCUGGAUGUAGCGUGACCGACGCAAAGUGUAUAUGCACCAAAGACUCGUUCUUCACAGACAUCAACUCCUGUCUGACAACUUCGUGCAGUGGAGACAACAAACAAAAAACCAUCGACUUUGCUCGCUCGUUCUGCGGCUCAGCAGGUGUCUCCAUUCCAACUCCUCCGAGGUCAUCCGCACCAGUGGCUGCCCCAACGAGAGCUGCUUCAUCGACGACCGUCUUUUCGUCGACGGCCGUCGCGACGACCAUCUCUAGUGCCACUGUCUCCGUCAUUAGCAACGGCCAUCCCAACGAUCAAUAUGUCACAAACAACGUCCGGCUUCCGAUCACCCAUGUGCUCGUU